UCAAAAUUAGCCAAGUACUCGUUCAUUCGCCUUGGUUCCAGUAAUCCGGAAGUAGAGACAGUUAUGAACGGAUCUCAUCUUCAAUAUGUUGCCUGGGCAUCAAAUUCAUCUUUAAUCAUUGUAAAAAACAAUGAUUUAUAUUAUCAGCCCUCUGUAGAAUCAAGUACAGUACACAGAAUAACAAGUACUGGUGUUGAGGGAGUCUUGUUUAAUGGUGUACCGGACUGGAUUUAUGAAGAAGAACUAUUGAACAGUGGAUCAGCCUCUUGGGUUUCUCCGGGUGGUACUUUCCUCGCCUUCUGUACUUUUAACGAUACCAGAGUCAGGACCCAUCAUAUCAACAGCUUCUACUCUAUGGACCAGAGUACAGUAAGAUAUCCUUUGGCAGGAGAUAUAAAUCCAGGGGUGAACCUUACUCUCGUAAAAUUAGGUGUGGAUGGUGUGGGCCCCUACUGGUUCUUGAGUCCCCCGAGGGAACUUGAGAAAAUGGAUUGGUAUAUCAGUUCUGUGUCCUGGGCCAAUGAUGACACACUAAGUGUCAGCUGGCUCCCGAGAUCUCAACAGUUCAUGGUGUACACACUCUGCUCUCCCCCAGAUUACACUUGUACAAUGGUAGCUGGGGAGCUUGGAAACCAGCAAACUCAGCCAGGUUGGAUAGAACCUCAUGGUUCUCCGCUCUUCCAUUCAAAUAUGUCCAGGUACAAAGGGAACUAG